GUUUUCUAUAAUUUUCAUCAAAUACCAACAAUAGUUAGCAUCUGCAAAAGCUGCCUUUGCUUGUGUGUUAGCCAAAGAACCUGUCCAACACCUAAAUCUGAUUCUCAACAUCUCCUUUCGAUCUCUGUUAUCUCACGAGCCUCCAAAUCGUCCAAGAUCAUAUCGGUUCAUCAAAACGAAAGAUAAAUUCCGAAACUUGGUGCAAGUCUCAAGUAGAAGAACAUCAAUUUCUAAGAAGUACCUUAACAUGGCAAACCCAUUACGGCUGUAUCUAGCAUGCAUUAGAAAUACACUCGAGGCAGCCAUGUGCUUACAGAACUUUCCUUGUCAAGAAGUUGAGAGGCAUAAUAAACCAGAAGUUGAACUAAAGACGAGCCCAGAACUUUUGCUAAAUCCUGUUUUGAUAUGCCUUAAUGAGGCUGAAAAGUGUUUGAUAGAAACAUCUAUAAACUCACUCAGGAUAAGCCUCAAGGUCAAACAAGCGGAUGAACUUGAAAACAUACUAACCAAAAAGUUCCUUAGAUUUUUGUCCAUGAGAGCAGAAGCUUUCCAAGUGCUUAGGAGGAAGCCAGUGCAGGGCUAUGACAUUAGCUUUCUUAUAACAAACUACCACUGCGAAGAGAUGCAGAAACAGAAGCUAAUCGAUUUCAUUGAUAUAGAGAAAGAAAUAACCGAACUGAAGUUAUCAGUGAACACCAGAGGCAGACUCGUUGCUACAGAGUUUCUGAAACAGUUCAUAUAUGUAGACAGAUUGCAUAUUCAGCACUUUCCUCAUCAAGAGUUGCCUGCAAUUUUGCUUUGUAUGCGAAUGGUGGAUAAUGGAAGCUGU